GGUAUAUCUACUUAUCUGCCGGAUAUGCUCUCUACAAGGAUACAGAGCGUUUAUGAGAAGCCAUGUUCAGUGUUGAAAGUUUAUUUGACGAGAAAAUAUAUGCUCGAGUAACUUGUGGUCACUAUGGAUAAGUUAUACAGGGUAUCAAAAACACCAUAUUGCAUUGUUUUAGCCAUAACUUGCCUCAGUAACAUUCAUUCCAUUCCAAUACACAAAAAUGACACAGUUUCCAAUCAAAACACACCAGCUCGAUUCACCAGAGAGAUUCCAAGUGAUCUUCAACUUCAAAACAACACAACUACUGAUGAUGGGAAAGAUUCAUCUAAACUGCAAACUUUUCUGGUUGACUCUUUUUCAAAUAUCAUAAGAGAUAUUGAUAAAAAAGUAAUGUACCUGUUCGUAGACUCAGUGGAUGAAGUUUUUAGAGAAGUACUCAAUAAAUUACUCCCAUCAACAUUGGACCGAAUCAAGUCAUCAUUGAAUAAUCUACAGACAGACAUUGAUAAAAAUAUCACUGCUCUGGUAAAGGGUUGCAUUGCGGAUAUUCUUGAUAAGAAAUCUUCAAUAAUCAAAAUCAUCAAUCAAGCAAAAUUAACAUCCGGAGAAAACAUUUUGAAUUAUAAACUGAUUGAUACCAUUUCGGAAAUCUUCAACGAAAUCGAACAACCUUUGAUGGAAUUAGUCUUCGAAAAACAAGAGCUUGGUGAUUCUACUUUUGUGACAAAAGGGUUAAAUCGUAUCUCAGCACAGACUAAAUCAACAAUUGAUGAUUCAUUACCUGAUAUGCAUAAAAUUGUUGAUAACAUAAUUGCUGAUAGCUCUACAUUAAGAAAUCAUGCCUCUUUACAAAUGCUCAAAAUAGUGAAUAAAUACUUGGACAACAAAAAACUCGAUAAUACCGAGUUGCUAUCCGGCAAUGCGCUAAGAGACCUACUGAAUUUUACUGUUGAGUUUAAAAAGAAAAUGGUAGAAGGAAUUGAUUUCUUGGUGAUACGUUUACUAGAGAAGACAGAAGAUUUGACACCACCAUAUGGUAAUUUAUGGAAAUCUAUUUCAAAUAUUUUAAAAGAUUUGCAAAGAAAUUUGAUUGAAACUAAAAUAACCUUAUUGAAAAGGGCAAUAGUUGUACAAGAACCAAACCAAUUUGAAAAAUCAUCCGUAUUAAAAAUUCAAGAAAUUUUGAACUCGACUUUGAAAGACACUAAUCUUUUAUCGAACCUUUCAUAUUCAAUUAAUGAAUUAUUACAUGAUUCUGUGAGCAUUAUCCAAGUAUUGUCCAAAAUACUGAAAAAUGAGUCUGAAAAUGAAAACAAUGAAUUUUUAAAAACUGCUUACACUCAAGUUGAAAAAUCAUUAAAAAUGCUUCUGUUCUCAAAUGAAUGUGUCCCAUUGAUUAAACCUCGGUUCCAAAAUAAAUCCAGUUCUCUUGACAUUUCUGGCUUGAAUGAAGUUUAUGAAAAUAUUUUGAAAAAAACCUCUGAGUAUUAGUCCUGUCCUGUUUUUUUUUUGAAUUUUUGCACCCUGAUUUUCAAAAAUUCCUUAAAAAUUGACAAAUGCAUUUUGGCACUUGAAAUUGAAGCAUUGAUAUAAUUAUUUUGAUCGUGAAAAUCUGCAAAUUUUAAUCAAAAUCAAAAAAGUUUUAUAAGUAGCUAGAGUAAUGUAUUGAGAGUUAGUAAUCUGAUGGCUUUGAGUUCGAACAUUUUUGUCCAUUUUUUCGAUUCAACUGCUCUAAACCCUCACUUUUUUAUGAUAAAUUUUUUGCUAAAUGAAAGAUUCAUUCGACAAAUUUAGAAAUUCUGACAUCAAACCUGAGAACAAAUUGACGAUUCCACAUCUGCUGGACUGUUUGUGUAUAACUGUAUAGCUACCAUUUCAAAUAUUUAUUGAUGUUGACCUGUAAUUCAUUUAUUCAUUUAUUUAUUUAUUUAUUUAUUAUUAACCUAUUUAUGUAUUAAAAGUUGUUGUUAUUGUUAUUAUACUGAGGUAAUCUAGGUACCUACCUGCAAGUAAAAAUUUCUCCAGCAUGCAAUGUUCGCUUCAUCGGUAAAAAUUGAAUUAAGAGUGAUUUUAGUUUCAAUUAAAAAUUUUAAAAAUGAAAUCCAUGCAAAUAUACAAAUAUUAAUUGAAGCAUAAGUUUCCAAAACGCACUAAGUCCAAAAAAAUAUUGAUAAGAAAUUCAUGCUACUUAGUACAAUUUGGAAACGUAGAAAUUGCUUAAAUUGGCUGAUUUUUUGAUAUGUUGUAGCCAAAACCUUUGGGCACAACAUAUCAAAAAAUCAGCCAUUUUGAGCCGCAACUUUAUGCCAGAUGGCCUUGCAACUUCAGAAUCUUUUAAAAUGGACUUAGUGCGUUUUGGAAACGUAUGCUUCAAUUAUUUAUCAACUCAUCAACAUUCUUUAUACCUACCUACUUAGCAAUAUACACUGAAACAAAUGAUUUUCAAGACAGUGUACCCCAAAAAAUCUUUUAAAAGAAUUCUUACCCCCACCCACCCACUUGAGGGAUAUUCAUGAUCUUAAAAAUUAACAGAAAACAUUUCAGUAAAUACCUUUCUUCAAAAAAAAAAAAAAAAAAAAAAAAUUGAAAAAAGAUAAAA